ACCUGGGAGUUGGAGGUUGCGGUGAGCCGAGAUCGCGCCAUUACACUCCAGCCUGGGCGACAAGAGCAAAAAACUCUGUCAAAAAAAAAAAGAAGUUGUGGAUCUUUCUGAUUCCUGAUCCAAUCUGUUCAGGCUGGGGCCGCCCUGGUCCUUCAAACCCGGCAGUGAGCUUGGACAGACCCAGAGGUGUUUACUCCAGAUCAUGUCUACCAUGAACGAAGCAGCCCACCGGCUGUCCAAAAGUGGGACGAGCCUCUAUGCAGUGCUGGAGCUUAAGAAGGGUGCCUCACCUGAAGACGUCAAAAAAUCCUACAGCCAUUCCCCAUUGCUUCCCCACCCUCCUUUUGGGUAUCGCCUGGGUAGGAAACUGGCCUUGCAGUAUCAUCCCGACAAGAAUCCAGGGAAUACUCAAGCAGCAGAAAUAUUCAAAGAGAUCAACGCAGCUCAUGCCAUACUGAGCGACCCUAAGAAGCGGAAAAUUUACGACCAGCAUGGCUCAUUGGGAAUAUAUCUGUAUGAUCACUUUGGUGAAGAAGGCGUCAGAUACUAUUUUAUUCUGAAUAGUUGUUGGUUCAAGACACUUGUCAUCCUGUGUACACUGCUCACUUGUUGCUGUUUCUGUUGUUGCUGCUGUUUUUGCUGCGGAACACUUAAACCACCACCUGAGCAGGAUAGUGGGAGAAAAUAUCAGCAGAACGUCCAGAGUCAGCCUCCAAGGUCAGGUGAGAACUGUAAGCAGGGGCUGUGAGGUAAGAAAUGCCUGGAUUGGGAAUGAAAGAAAUGAUUGGGGUCAGGUGUGUUGGCUCAUGCCUGUAAUCCCAGCACUUUGGGAGGGCGAGGCGGAUUACCUGAGGUCAGGAGUUUGAGACCAGCCUGGUCAACAUGGAAAAACCCUGUCUCUACUAAAAAUACAAAAAUUAGCUGGGCAUGGUGGCACCUGCCUGUAGUCCCAGCUACUCGGGAGGCUGAGGCAGAAGAAUUGUUUGAACCUGGGAGGUGGAGCUUGCAGUGAGCCGAGAUCGCGCCACUGCACUCCAGUCUGGGCGACAGAGCAAGACUCCGUCU